AUGGAUCGUAACAACAGAUUGAAUUUUGAAAUCUUCACUGGUUUACUUUACUACUCUGGGCACACGAUCAGAGGAUCUUCAACCGCGGGAAGUUCAUUUUCAAGUUCUUUACAAGAACGCAAUGUGAAUGGGGCUGAAUAUGCUUUCAAGCCAAAGGAUGUAAACAUAAACAAGAAGCCUUCUUCACCGAUUAAACAGAGAAUCAACAGGCUGUCACAAACUCUUGCAAAUAAGGCAAUGGUUUCAAGAUUACCAGAUAAGGGGGAGAAAAUACAAAAGCAAAUUGGUGAACUGAAUUCUGAGCUUUAUAGACUUGGAAAAGUGGAAGCGCAAGGAAAUGAGAGAAAUGUAAUCGACUUGGAACUGAAUGAUGAUAUAACUGGGGAGUUCCAAAGAGUGGUGACAUAAGACAAGAAGAGUGGUGGUGUAAGAUACGAUGUCGUUCGAAUUUUUAUCGGAUGUUUCCCAAGGGACGCUGAUCUAAAGAUAAUUUGACAGAUCUGAGCGUUGUAACUGGGGAAACUUUUAUCAUUGUAAUUACUUGCUGUUAUUAUUUUUCCAUUAAU